AUGUGCAGGAGCAAGUGUUUCCUCCAGGCUCCGCUGGCUGCCGGGGUUUGUCAACAGUCUCCUGCUCGCACCUCCGACAGGUUCCAGGUUCAGAUCCCCGCUCCCUCCAGGCACAUCGCGGUUCAUCUCAGCUUCUGCAUGGCGGCGGUGGAGGACUAACCCGGCGGGCUGGAGCCGAGCUUUCAAUAAAAAAGCAAGAAGCCCCCCCCCCCCCCCCCCCCCCAAUAACGAUGCCAUCCCCGAUGGAGGGCUCCUCCAGAGAAGAGGACCUGUUCACUGUGAAGCACGAGCUGAAACAUGCCAACCUGACGGGCCAUGUAGAGAGGGUGGGCAUUGAAAACUUUGAGCUGUUAAAGGUGCUGGGCACAGGAGCGUACGGCAAAGUGUUCCUGGUGCGGAAAGUGAGCGGGCACGAUGCGGGGGAGCUGUAUGCUAUGAAGGUCUUGAAGAAGGCCACCAUUGUACAAAAGGCAAAAACUGCUGAGCACACACGCACUGAGAGGCAAGUGCUGGAGCACAUCCGCCAGUCCCCGUUCCUCGUCACGCUUCACUACGCCUUUCAGACGGACACCAAGCUGCACCUCAUUCUUGAUUAUGUUAAUGGCGGCGAACUCUUCACACAUUUGGUGCAAAGGGUGCGAUUCAAAGAGCAAGAGGUGGCCCUGUACAGUGGGGAGAUAGUGCUGGCACUGGAACAUCUACACGAGCUUGGGAUCGUGUAUCGGGACCUGAAACUUGAGAAUAUUCUGCUGGAUUCAAGUGGUCAUAUAGUUCUCACAGACUUUGGCCUCAGUAAGGAAUUCGAUCAGGAGGACAGGGCCUUCUCUGUCUGUGGCACCAUUGAAUACAUGGCUCCGGAGAUUCUGGAGGGAGGAGAGUCUGGACAUGAUAAGGCGGUGGACUGGUGGAGCCUCGGCGUGUUGAUGUACGAGCUUCUGACCGGAGGAUCCCCCUUCACAGUGGAUGGAGACGAGAACUCUCACACAGACAUCGCAAAGAGGAUCUCAAAGAAGGAUCCUCCAUUCCCCAAAGAUAUGGGACCCCUCGCCAAAGACCUCAUCCAGAGACUCCUCAUCAAAGAUCCAAAGAAGAGAUUAGGCUCAGGUCCGAAUGGAGCAGAGAAUAUAAAGAAACACCCUUUUUACCAGAAAAUUAGCUGGGAGGACUUGGCAGCUAAGAAGAUGCCUGCUCCCUUCAAGCCGGUGAUUCGGGACGAGCUGGACGUCAGCAACUUCGCAGACGAGUUCACGGAGAUGGACCCCACCUACUCCCCCGCAGCGCUGCCUCAGAACUGUGACCGCAUCUUCCAGGGCUACUCUUUCAUGUCCCCUUCCAUCCUGUUCAAGAGGAAUGUGGUGAUGGACGACCAUGUCCAGCUGUGUGGGGGCUCCGAGAGGCCCGGCUCUGCUGCGGUGGCCCGCAGCGCCAUGAUGAAGGACUCUCCCUUCUACAUGAGCUACGAGAUGGACCUGAAGGACAGCGCUCUGGGAGAGGGGAGCUUCUCCAUCUGCAGACACUGCACGAACAAGAAGACGGGACAGAAAUACGCAGUCAAAAUUGUCAGCAAGAGAAUGGAAGCACAGACGCAGCGGGAGAUAGCGGCCCUGAAGCUCUGCGAUGGCCACCCCAACAUUGUCAAGUUACAUGAAAUUUACCACGACCAGCUCCACACGUACCUGGUUCUGGAGCUGCUCGGUGGAGGGGAGCUGCUGGAGAGGAUCCGCAGAAAGCAACAUUUCAGUGAAACGGAGGCCAGUCGCAUCAUGCGCAAGCUGGUGUCAGCUGCCAGUCACAUGCAUGAUGUAGGAGUGGUGCACAGGGACCUUAAACCAGAGAACCUGCUCUUCACAGACGAGAGCGAGAACUCUGAGAUAAAAAUCAUAGACUUUGGCUUUGCACGCCUCAAACCACCAGACAAUCAGCUCCUGAAGACUCCCUGCUUCACGCUGCACUACGCUGCACCAGAGAUACUCAAAUAUGACGGCUACGAUGAGUCCUGCGACCUGUGGAGUCUGGGGGUCAUUCUGUACACCAUGCUGUCCGGUCAGGUGCCUUUCCAGUGUCAGGAGAAGAGCCUGAGCCACACCAGUGCAGAGGAGAUCAUGAAGAAAAUCAAACUGGGGGACUUCUCUUUCGAGGGAGAGGCCUGGAGGAACGUGUCGCAGCAGGCCAAAGACCUCAUACAAGAGCUGCUGACGGUGGACCCAAACAAGAGGAUUAAAAUGUGCGGCCUCCGUUACAACGCCUGGCUCCAGGACGACAGCCAGCUGUCCUCCAACCCACUCAUGACCCCGGACAUUCUGGGCUCCUCCACUGCCUCCGUCCACACUUACGUCAAAGCCACCUUUAAUGCAUUUAACAAAUGCAAGCGGGAAGGUUUCCGCCUGCAGACGGUGGACAAGGCGCCGCUCGCCAAGAGGAGGAAGAUGAAAAAGACGAGUACCAGCACAGAGACCCGCAGCAGUUCCAGCGAGAGCACCCAUUCCUCCGCCUCCUCCUCCCAGUCUCAGGAGAAGACUUUUACCGAGGGCGACACCAACCCGCAGCCCCCCAACAGCACGCCUCUCACCACCCCUGUCAACACACCCGUGGCCCUGGGAACAGACUCUGAGCACCAACCGGCGCCUCCAGCUUUUCACUUCACAGAAGGACAGUGAGACAACGAGAGGAAAAAGGGAAAAAGGGAGAUUCAGUUUUUGGUGAACAGCAGGAAGGCUCAGACCGGCGUACAGACGGCUCUCUUCUCCUUUUCUCUGUCCCUGGCAGCUCUCUGGCUCUGGCUCAAUUUGCAUGAACGUCUGCAAGUCUCCAAACCCAAGCAUGCAACAGGAGCGGCAAUCGUCACCUCAGUAUCAAAUCAAUCAAAACCAUCUCUAGCAAUAGCCUGUCCCUUUCUUUCUCGUUUCCCUUUACACACAGACUCUAUCAAUCAGGGACUGGACCAGGAAGAAAUUGUCAGCAGUGUCCAAAAUGAAAAAGGGCUGACCUCCUGCCGCACGUCCAGACAGACAAUGGGGAGACACCUUCAGUCUCGUCAUGAAAUCAUAGCUCUGUCCACUCCAUUCGUGUUUGUCGACGGCUCCAGACGUUUCAAAGGGAAAGUCGUAGUGUUUACACCAUGGAUGCUUUGUGUUCUUUUGUCAAAGGGAAAGAAGAAGAAAUGCAACAAGCGUAACGUAAAGAAACGUGGGUCCACGAAGUCUCUGCAAGAUGGAGCAGGGUAUUUAUAUGUGAAUUUUACAGACUGAAGUUUAUUUAUAGUGAGCUAUAUUGUUAAGUUAUUUAUGGUUCAGAGUGAUCUGAAAAGAAACAAUGGAUAGAAGAGAUAUUUUAUGUUUGUACGUGUGUGGUUCCAUGUCAGCUCAAAAGACUGUUUCCAUGUAGUCAGAUGGUUGUUCACAUGUCGUGUGGUCUCCAGACAUCAAUGCUUCUAGUCAGACACAUCUUGUAAGACAGAAAACGCAAAAGAGAUUAACACCAUUAGCCCCUGGGUAAUGGUUGUAAACCAGUUUGUUGAAUUUAUAUAACAGACUUUAAAAAAAACAACAUAUUUAUGAAGCCUGGUGAAUUUUGGGGUUGAACUGCACCUUUGUCCAGUGGUCAAAAAAAGUCAAUUUGCUUGAAGAAGCAAAAGUGAACAUGUUUUUGUAGAAACAACCAAAUGUGGACGUAGUGUGUUCAGAGAAAAUCUGUGUUCUAUUGUUGUACGGGGGAAACUGCUGUCAGAGGGGAUGUGGAGAAGAAGAGGAGCUAUAUUUAGAGUUAUGAUGCACCGCUGCUGCUGCUGCUCGUCCACACGGUGUGAUCCUUAAAUCAGUAUUUAGCUCAGCAGUGGAUUUGGCCUUGUGUUGUAUAAAGUUUUAAAUGUCUCACUACGGCCAAUUGGAUUGAGACGAACAUUACAAAUGGAUGAGAUCCAGAUCAGCUUAGCGUCAGGUGAAGACGUUGAGUUUAUGAGACACUGAAGGGGGCAGCUUCAAGCCGUUUUUUGUCAGAGGAAAUCAGAAACAGGGAAAGUUUAUGUGCCAAAAAAAAUGCAAUUAAAUAAUUCAAGUGUCAGAAGGAUGGUAAUUUAUUAGAAUAGGUUAAGUGUCACCGUCCUUAGGUCUUUAAAAUUGACCCUUUAUAAGAUUACCAGGAUUCUGAGGACCGACCUAAAAAAACCAACUGUCCCUUUUUUUUUGUUACCUCUACCACCGACCCCUCGCUUUAUUAACGCUGUUGUACCGCAUGACUGAAACGGAAAUCCUUGCACUGUGUGACCGCUCUCACUUCCAGGGAGAUUUAUCUGGUUGCUAUUAAUUCCCCGGUGCAUGAUGUGAACCGAAACAUCAGCCUCUUUAUUUUCUAAAGCAAAUUCUCCCUUGAUUUAAUGUGAGUUUGUUUACGUGCAUAUUUAAAUACCCCUGAUUGAACUCUGGACUCUGAAGUUUUACUGGUUCCAGUGGGAUGGAUGUAAACACCAAAACCCUCUCUGUCCAAUAGCCUGAAUAUUGUAAUGUUACAGAAAUGGUAAGUCGGAUAGUUAGGUGAUUUAAAAUGUCAUGCUCGGUUAGUUACUAUUAUUAAUAUUAGUUUGCAAGUGUGUGUUCAUUUCUAUAUCCCUGGUGGUAGUUGAAACGCUGUAUUCAGUUGUACAGGGGUAUUCGUGAUCAGUACGGGACCUAGAGACAGUUUCUCCUGCUUAGUUAGGAAACAAAUUCGUAGUCGGACGACUGUGUGCAUUUGAAAACACACACACCCUCAUCUUCUUCCAUUUGAAUGCACUCUGACUCCGAACCAAAGCAUUAACGUCAAGGUAGCUUCUCUAAGCUGCAUGAGAUAUUUCCUUUCAUGCAAAUAUGCAAUGAAAUGCUUCAUAUAUCGGGGGUUCCUGUUUUUGUUGUUUCCAGCUGGUGGAAUAUUUUAGAUGUUUUCUCGCACAGAGGAUUUUAUUGUAUCUUCAGAGGUUCUUUACUGGAUCUACUCUAUAGUAUCCAUGUCCGGCACAUAAUCAUGCUUACAACUAUGCAUAUAUUUUAGCUUUUGUGUUGCUUUAACCAUUGAAAAAAAAAAAAAACUCAGCUACUGGGUUCAAACAUAGGGUGUGACACAGAUACUCUACUUUUACUCCUGCGAAAUCAGCCGCGGCAGAAAUAGCAGCGUGCGUUGCUCGUAUGGAAAAAGCUGGAACUCUUAGAGCUAAACACUACAAAGCUCUCGUCUAACUCCGUUCGCAUGAGUUCCCCCCCUCGCUGCCUCAUUAAGCCUCUUUUCUUUUGUUGGGGUGUAUAAAUAGCUCAAGUGGAGGAAGAGGAAGAGUGUCCUAUAUUGAGCUCCCCUCGGGGAGCCAGGCUCUAUUAGCUGAUGUGCUGCAGUGCAGUUUUUUCUUUUUUUUUCCAAAGAAAAUACCGUGCUCCACUCGGUGCCUCUGUGGGACCCGGCUCACUGGCUUUGUAGGGAAAAUACCAGUUUAACACAGGAAAGGGUUAGUUUAGUACCAGAGUCUCUUGGGGCUGGUUUUCAAUCGAGCGUCCUCCCUUUGAUGAACAGUCAAUGUUCAGCGUGUCACUCUGAGCAGAGGAAGGUGGGUGGGGGGGUUUGGAUCUGACGUCCUGUUGUCUCUCGGUAUCUGUUUCAAUUCGCUGGAACUUGAAUGAAAAGAUCCUGGUCUGCCGACAGUGCUUCCUCUUUUUUUUAAAGGUUGACGGCACCGCACCUCAUGAGCUAAAACCUUUAUACCUUUUUGCAACAUGAAUUCGAGGGCUGAGAGUUUUAACCUGUUUUGUACAAACCAGUUACUGAUUUUACCUGUUUUAGAGUCAACAGAUCCGGCUUUGGGACAUUUAGUCGACACAUCUGUAUUAGGUUGUGUGUGCUCGAGAGCCAGAUGUGGUUGCCAAAGCUAAAAGUAACUUGUUGUAUGUGAAACAAUGACACUUGCUCAUGUGUUUGCAGUUAUCUUGUAAAGUACUUUUCAACAGAUGUGGCCGGGGGGUCGGGGUUUUUAAACUUUGGUCAGCUUUCAGUUCAGGAUCUUGUGGAGCUGUCCAUGGUGCUGAAAUGGUCAAACCUUUGGUGGUGCUGCAUCAUCAAUCAUCAUCAUCAUACCAAUAAUAAUAAUGAUCCUUUAAACCAGUGAGUACCAGGAGUACUUGUGGUGUCUUUGGGGUACAUGUGAAGUAGAAAAACCAAGAGCUUGGUUAAGGAGAAAUAAAUACUAUAAAAUACCAGUUGUAAUGGACAAAGAGCUUGAUGUUUUAAAUUAAUGGCAACAAUUUCCAGCUUCUCCUCAAAGAUUUAGUCAAAUCAAUUGAAAUUUGACUUCAAAAUUGAAGAAACAAAAUACACAAAGCCUUAACAUCAAACACUUAAGGAUUGCUAUGUCAAUUAUAAGAAUAAAACAAGAAUAUACAUCCACAAUAAUAUAAUAUAACUGUAUGUGGACCCAGAAAAACAAAUAUGAAACCUUUGCUUUAAAGAAUCAGUUUGAAAAAUAUAAAUUAAAUAAUAUAAAUACAUUAAUAUUAAAAAUAGCUGGUUGAACCUGUCCUUUUGAGUGAACUGAGUGUUUGAAUUUCCUAGUGGGUAUUUUAUUUUGCUGUCUCCCCUUCCAGGGAGGUCAAAGCACAUGGUCAGUAAAGAUUGUUACCUUUAGCAAGAACUUAAACAUGUGUUCUUGAGUUUAUUAGAUUUACUGAGCCUGUAUUGAUCCGUGUAAUGUUGGUGACAAUGUAACUUUGAAUAACCUGCCACUUUCGGCAUCAUCAUCAUCAUCAUUGUCGUCGCCCCCCCUGCUAUCACCAUCAUGCAUGUGCUACUGCUCGAUUCCCAUCAACCAUCACUGAUUCACACCUUUACUGAACCGUGUCAAAAAGUACUGUAGCAGUGAAUGCCUUGGAGAUUGGUCAAUUAUUAAACUGUUUUAAAAAACAUGCAAUCAAGCUUUAAAGGGCAAAACUUUGCACUUGUAUGUUAUUUUAAUCAUUGAAAUUGAUUCCUUUUGUGAAAGAUUUAAAAAAAAAUGUCCUCUUUGUGUUUGUGCAGGUUCAGACGUCUUUUUUUCUGUUGAUAGCCUGUGUCCAACGUUCUGAUACAAAGAUAGUUGUUUUACUGACUGCAGAGGUGAACCAUGUGCUGACCUGCUUCUUUUAGGGCACUGUGAACAUCAUCAUUCAGGUAUCCAGGAGAAACACCUUGAUUUGCUUCAAUAAAUGCUUUACUUGCUGGCUGAAUACAAACGUGUGUACGUCCAAUAACCUGAAACCAGUCGUGAUGAGUCGUUUUAAUAGAUCCUCGGCCUCGUUGUAUUUUCAAGUGUAUCUAAAACAUUACUGAGGAUAUUUUGUGAUACCAGGAUUUUUGUGUUUGAGUUGUCAGAAGGACAAUAAACGUACGAUUUCCUGCUCAUUUAUUGAUCUUGACUUUUAAAUGAAAUGCUAACAUUUUCAUAUGUAUGAAAGAUAUUCUUAUAAUUUAGAAGGUUGGUGGGAAUGAAAUCUUUAUUUAAGCAGUCGGCCUCUAGAUGGCAGUAUAGUACCAAUAGGUAGAGUGACAUUAAGUUCAUGCAGCCUUUAUUAUUUAUUCAUCGAUAAGUCAAAUAGAAGAUAUUUCAUUUGGUUAAUUAGGAUUACAGGUUUAUUUUUAUGUACCAGGUGGGUGAAAUUAAUAUUGGAAUACAAACUAGAUCAAUUAAUUUCAUGUAAAGUUAACUGUAAAUUGAGUAAAUCUCCACUUCUAUUAAUUUUAAGCUCUUGUUUAAAUAGUUGUUUAAAAAUUAGGAGAUUAAGGAAUUCACUUUAAUAAAAACGUUAUGGCUCUUAA